AUGGCCAAGGACAAGAUAGUGGAGGCGCAAGAUGCCAUCCGGGAGAAAAACACCAUGCUGUUGCAAAAGGCGGCGCUGGCCAGAGAAGUGGAGGAGCUGAAGCGGUUGAGGGCCGAGGAGGUGGCUGCUGCCCGGGGCGAAAUGGAGCAGAAGAAGGCCGAAAAGAUAGCUGAUGUCCGAGCCGAAGCGAUCGAGUCGUUUAGGGGUUCAGAGGAGCUGAGGAACUACAUCAUGGAUCAGCUGGUGGCUAUGCAGCUGUGUUGGGAGUAG